GUUGGUAGAUUUGAUGCGCUUUUAAGGUCACGUGAUCUGUCAAAAUUUGACUAUGGUGUUUUGAAAUAGUUCCAUCUUCAUACUAAAACAUUAUUAAGUUUUGAACUAACUAUGUCAUUUUCGGAUAAAGGGAAUGGAGAAGACACGGAGAGCAUGGAAACUAUGAAUGUCGAAAAUGCCAAUCUUGAUAAUAGUUUGUCUAGCUUGAUCAGUAAUGAUAUACAGAAUUUAAGUGAAUUAUCGCAAGAACUUACAUUGACCACUGAUAUGGAGACUGAAGAACAGGAAAUAGUGGUAGAAAAUCAAGAAAUAGUUGGACAUGAAGAAGAAGUAGAAAUGGAAGAAGUAGUGACUGAAGAUGUCGAAGUUAGUUUAGAUAUAUCCAAUAAAUCAGAUGAUCAGAUAUUUGACAAUAGGACCACUAAAAUGACUGUCGUACCUCCAUUAAGACCAUUAACUAUUGCUCCAAAACCAACGAAAAUGCCUCUUACCGUCAAGUCUGUUGGGGGUCAACCGUUACUACUAUUGCAGGGAACUGGGGCGAAUCAAGCAAUCAAAUUGGUAGCAUCUCCAGGACAAGAAAUCAAUUUCGCCAAUCUAAUUUCUCGACCUGUAACUUUGAAACCCACAUUCAAAACAAUCUCUUCACAAAACAGCAAUAUUUCCCUUAUUCAACAAAAACCAGUACUGAUGAAAAAAGUACUGACGACUUCACAAAAAAACGUUACAAAACCUUUAACAGCAAUAACAAAACCAGCUCAGCAUUUCAUGGUAGUACAAAAAGCUGAUCAACAACAAAUUAAUGUAUUGCAAACGCCCACCAAAACGUUGACGUUACAGCAAGCGCAAGAAAUGGGGUUGUUAACGAAUGCUAAAAUAACUCAACCCAGCCAAUCGAGUGGAAAACAAACGGUUUUGCUAACAAAAAAUCCUCAAAAGUCCAUUAAAAUCAUACCACAAGUUAGUUCUCAACAAAUUAUUACAACAGGAGUCGGUACAAAAACUGUAACUUUGAAUCAGUUAAAAGUACCGACCAAAAUAUUGCCGGCUGGUUCGAACUCUACUAAUAAAAGUACACAAAGAAUCAUAUUUAAAUCUGCAUCGGGAAAUCAGACUAUUUUACCGCAAGCACAAAUUUUACAGGUGUCUGCUGCUCAAACUUUAAAUACAGGACAAUUGCAUCAAAUCAACAUACCCGGUAGAGGGAUGCAGUAUAUUAAAUUUAUUACGACAAAUACAUCCGAUUCCAAUACCACUACUACCACUGGAACUACAAUCAAAACAACACCAGUAGUAACACCAACCAAUAUUGUUUUAUCUGAAGUUAAGCCAGUAUCGCCGUUAAACAGAAUCAUCCCAAAAAUCCACCCCAAAGACAAACUUCCAAUUUCUCCUAUAAGUAAGCCUUUAAAUACCACUCCUUUAAUGGUUAUUCCCGCUCACAUUCCCGUUACUCAACAGGUUCCAGUUUCCAAGGUGACUGUUCCACCUGCAGCACCGCCUCCGAAAAAUACACCAACCCUGAAGACAAAUGCUGUAUCUGAAAAUACUUCACCGGUUUCAACGAAAGAAGAAGUCGACGCUAAUGGCAUGAGACCGAGGAAACCUUGCAACUGUAAUAAAUCACAGUGCUUAAAAUUAUAUUGUGAUUGUUUUGCAAAUGGUGAGUUUUGUUACAUGUGCAACUGUAUGAACUGUUAUAACAAUUUGGAAAAUGAAGAACAUAGGAAUAGAGCAAUUAAAGCUUGCCUUGAAAGAAAUCCCAACGCGUUUAGGCCGAAAAUUGGAAAGGCAAAAGAUGUAGCAGGAGAUAUUUCAAUAAGGAAACACACGAAAGGUUGCAAUUGCAAGAGAUCAGGUUGUUUGAAAAAUUAUUGUGAAUGUUACGAGGCAAAAAUCGCUUGUUCGAAUAACUGCAAAUGCAUUGGUUGUCGAAACAUUGAAGAUUCCGUCGAAAGGAAAAAUAUUAGACAUGUUAAUGAGAAAUCUACCAAUACUCCUGUAUAUACUGAAACCCUUAAUGUUAAUAAUAACAAAAUUGGUCAAAUUCGACCUAGACGAACCUCCAGCUCGAGAAAACAAACCAUCAAUUUUAUAACAGACGACGUUAUAGAAGCCACCUGUCAGUGUUUGCUAACAAUAUCUGACAAUGCCGACGAAAAUGUACAAGACGAAGAAAUGACUAAACACCUCAUUAUAGAAGAAUUCGGAAGAUGUCUUACAGAAAUAAUCGACUGUUCAUCGAAUCGUAGUAUAAGUUAAUUUUGAUUGUAUAUACAUUUAGACCCGUUCGAAAUUUUUGUGUACAUGAUUUAAAAUAAUUCCCAAUUGUUUUUUAUCCUCCUCCCCGUAAAUAUUUUAAGGUUAAAAAAGGCCAACUGUGGCCUUAGUUGAUUAGGAUAUAAUUGAUUUAACUUUAUUUAAAAAAAAAUAAAAACGAGAAGACCUUUUUCAGUAAUUUUAUUUUCACACGAAAGUGUGUAGUUUAAACAAUUUUCCAACAUAAUUUCCGCCACUUGUCAUAUCGUCCAAUUACCAUCUUCAAAUAACCCUAAUAGUUCUGUUACCACAAAGACUCUGCCGUUUUGACGACUUUGUGGCGCUCAUCUCGCAAGAGUUUUUCUAUAUUAGGGAACACAACAGGGUUAUAAUGAAGCAAAAUGUCGCCUUUUUUAAUAGAACAGCGGAGUUUUCUCAAAGUCUUACAAUACGUCAUUUUGUCACCUCAAGGCAAGAAGCAAUUUUUCUCCUCAAACUACGAUGCAAAUGCUUCGUUGGACUGACAAUGUUUAUUAUUUUAAUAUUAGUGUAAUAUAAGUUACUCAUGUCUCAUCGCCAGGCACUGUCUCACUUGAAAAGUCAUUACCUUCAAUAUACUACAAAAGUGUCCCAAAAGCACAAUACAACUAUUGACUUAAACGUUAAGCCUCAAUUUUAUAUAGAUCACUGUGGGAAACUGCAAAGAUAAUAACAAAACCGUAAAGGGUCUUUGAUUUUUCCGUAAGUGAUACGACCAUCUUCAAACACUCUGACCAAAUUUUGAACCAUUCAAUCAUACACAAUUUUUUCUCCAUACUGCAUAGAUUUUAGAAUGAAGAUAAUAUUAGACCUUUAGCACAAAGAGCUUACUUUGCAGUCAGUAGGACUCUCCAUUGUUGGAAUACCUUAAGCAUUUUAAAAAAUCAAACGCACCGACAAAAAACGCAGUACUUACAGUCUGCUAUGAGGUCAUUAAAGUAACGUUGAAUUUUCAAUUCUUGAGUUGAAUUUACCUCUGUAGCAUAAAUAUUUUCUUUAAGAUACAACCAAACUGUGUAAUCUAAGGGAUUAAAAUCUAAAAACUACUUUUAUUGCUUCUGAAUAAAGUAUUAGAAAGUAUAACACAAGAAGGCUAGAGCCUUUGAAAUAUAACGGAGCGCUUUUUAUAAAUUAAAGCAUAUUAUAUAUUUUUGAAAUUACCGACCAAUGUAACUUAGUGUGGAAAUCAAAAGAGAUCAUUGUAAACGUUCGUGAAGAUCAUUCAAAGAUCUUGUAAAAGAUGUAUCACUUGAACGUCCUUCCAAUGGAAUGAAUUUGAUGGACAUUGAAAUAACAAUAGUCGUUUAAUAGCUAAGU